AGAACAGGCUCUCCGUGCCGUCCGUGGACGGACUCUGGGGGUGGCUAUACUAGUCUAAACUUGCUACUUUGGAGGGUAUUGCUUGCAAGGAGCAGUUGUGGUUGGAUUACUUGAAUGGAAUGUAGUGAUAUAGGCUAUGCCACUUUGGCAUGUUAUCACCCAGGAGGAGAGAUGCAAAGACGAAUGAUAGCAUGCCUGUGCCUCGCAUCUGUGCUAACCUUUUCAUCAGGUUAUCCCAGGAACAUGUAUGAUGCAGUGAUCCAUCAAGAUGUCACUUUAUCCUGGAACACAUUAUCCGAGUUGGACCUCAAAAAUGAUGCCGUGGCCAUCCGGAGCACUGAAGAUGCGGACGUUAUUCAUUUAGUGAAGGGAAGACCAGAAGUAUUCCCACCCUUCGAUGGUAGAGUUCAGCUGCUAACAGACGGUUUCCCAAGUGGGCUUGUUGCUCUAAAGAUGGACAACGUCAGCAUCCAGGACUCAGGAGUAUACAUGUGUUUAGUCGACAAGCCUCUCUAUAUACAUCCGGGGCUGUGUCACUUAAAAGUUAGAGCCCCGUGGAGCGCAGUGCGUAAAACAAAUAAGUCCAUGGGCGGUGGGAUGUAUAGCCUUUUCUGUGAGACUGAAGGGUAUCCGCUAGCUCCUGUCGUCUGGACCGGGGGACGGGGACAGAACCUCACCGACUGGGCCGAGCUCACAACCAGCAUUACCUCAGAGCAGCUGAUUAGCGUCGUCAGCCGCUUGAAUGUCAGCAUCUCCUCCAGCAGCAGCUACACCUGCACGGUCACGGACGACAGAGGAGUUUCUCAGCAUGCAACGUUUGACUUUCCAGACAAGGAGAAGUCAAGAAAUCAUUACCUCUUUCUGAUCGCUGCUGUCCUUCUGGUGGGAGUGGUGGUUAUGUUACUCUUUAGAUAUGACAAGUUAAGUCACAGAGAUGGAACAGAGGCUCAGCCCAGCAGCGGCAGCAGCAGGGCGCCCCAGAAUCCAGAAGACCAUGGCAGAGCAUUGUAACAUACCUCAGCUUACCUCAUUGUAACAUACCUCAUGACUUUAUUGUUUACAUGCUAUUUUGCUUUAUGUUCAUUGUUUAUUUUCAUUAGAUUGUUGCCAGAAUGUAUAUUGUUCAUUGUUAGUGGGCUUGCUGCAAGGCACCAUCUAUUGUUGUUCUUUUCCCGUUUUUUGAGAACGCCUCUUCUCCUAGAGCGUUUAAAGUGUAAGUGUAACCUGCGUUGUGUGGAACCACCGCGGUCCAGCCCUGCACACGCCCGGACUCGAACCCGCGAGACAGCAGCACCUCGGAUCGGGAGUCGAGCGCGCUAACAAUCCAGCUAAAAGCCCAGGCUACUAGCUUUCAUGCCAGCAGCGCUCUUGAAGCGUCGGGGAGUGAGGUUUACUAACGUUCUACAGCAUAGCUAACCAGCUAGCACCCGUUACAUAAGUUUGGCGGAAAUUGAAAGUAAAGCUAUUUUCUGAAUGAAAAUACAUCAACUAAGCCGUGGAGGAAGUCAUUUUCGCUCAUCACGCUCAUCAUUCUACAUGUAUACUGACUAUUCCAAAGUUUACAGACUGAUUGGUGCUUCGUUUUAUGUGUAGACACCUAGAGCAAGCUACUGAUGAGGUUUGGCGCUGUUUUGAGCAAUGUUAGUGGUUUAAAAAUGCGAUUUUGAAAGCGUGUGGCUGUAAGCCCCAUGCUAACCCACUGUUUGCGAUUUUGGACUGUAGCUCCUGCCCGUGCUAGCUCUGUACUGCGUGAUGAGCGAAAAUGACUUCCUCCACGGCUUAGUUGAUGUAUUUGCAUUCAGAUAAUAGCUUUAUUUUCAAUUUCCGCCAAACUUACACUUUAAGCUAUUGACACGGAUCAAACACUAAAAAAUCGGAUGGCUGCCGUUUUUCCGGUAUUCCCGUUUUUAGACCCUUGUAGCUCCGCCAUGCUCCACCAGAGACGUUUCCCCAUUGAAAUGAAUGGGGGACUGUUCAGGCGUUUACAUCACUGCCCCCUGGUGAGCAAGCCCACUCUUGUAGCUCCUCCACGGAGAUGCACAUUUCUAGUUACAGUGCAUGAAAAUGCACUGUACUGUUCUUCCUAGGCUUCUUCUUCUUCUUCUUAUUCUGCUAGGCCGUUUCACCUAGAAACUUCAUUCAAACGUUGCAACGUAGGUCUUCAAUAGGAGAAGGCUGCUAUGUAUUUUUCAACUUUGUAACUUUUAUAUUUUUUAAACUAUAAAUUAAAAACUAUUACAAAUGUCCCCAUAGACUUAACAUUGCGAUUAAUGACAUCAUAAUAGGGCCGUUUAGCAAUUAGAAUCUUACGCCAGGUGGCCAUUGAAACUGGCCGUUUCAAUGGCCGUUUAACCAUUGAAACUACUCAACUAUUUAACUGUUCAACCAUUCCUACUGUCAGUUAUCAUCAACUAUGCCCCUAGUCAACUAUAUGAAACCUCCACAAACCUAGCAACCAACAUAGCAACCAUUAAAAUUAAGUAUUUAUGACAGUUUCCAUAGCAACCAACAUGAUUAUACUACCGUAACAUCUUUAUUCCUGAUAGUGGCCACCAUGGAUACCCUAGCAACAAAUGUUUCAAAAUAAAAGUCCUCACUAGCAAGUUAGCUAGUUAGCAUGGUUAGCAUUGUUAGCAUAGUUAACAUUUUUAGCUUAACUGCUAGAAAUCAUUAGCUAAGUUAACUAGUCAACCUGGUUAGUACUGUUAGCAUAGUUAGCAUAACUGCUAGAAUUCAUUAGCUAAGUUAGCUAGUCAACCUGGUUAGCAUAGUUAACAUUUUUAGCAUAGCUGUUAAAAAUCAUCAACUAAGUCAGCUAAUAAACAUGGUUAUCAUUGUUAGCAUAAUUAAUUUAACAGUGACCAAUUUCAAAAAGUUGGUCACGGUGACCAACUUUUUGAAAUUGGUCUCUGUUAAAUUAGUUAUUGUUUUGUUUUUAUUUGUAUGUCGCUUUGGACAAAGGCACAUAACCCUUACCCAACAAUAGGAUUCACGUUUAAAUCCUGAAUCCGUCAUUGCAAAUCUGUGUCAUAAAAUUUAUGUGAAACUAAAAAAGCCUUAAAGGCAAUGAAAGGUAAGAACUGGCCAUAGUAUUACUACGUUUGAUGUACAGCAGUUUAAUGUGCUGUAGACCAUUGGAAACAGAGAAAUAACAAAUAAUACAUAGAAAUUAAAAUUAGUUAAAAAAACCACCUGGAGCUGUUUAGUUUUCAAUCCAGGCAACAUGUUUACAUAGCAACUUUCAUACAGUACCUCUAGGCAUGCCUAAAAAAAGCCAUGCCAAAUCUUCUAUCUGUGUGGCGAACUAUUUAUUUUUUUAGUGUAAGCCAUGAAACAGUAGCUAAGUCAGCUAAAUAUGCUACAUGUAUAUGCUACCUGUAUACUGUAUUUCUACACAGGGUCCCCGCGGGUCCUUAAAAAGUCUUAAAAAGUCUUAUUUAUUUUUUUGGAUUUUCAAGGUCUUAAAAUGUCUUGAAUUCUAGAAUUUCCGAUGAGGAGGUCUUAAAUUUCAUGUCGUGCCGAGUCCGUUUCGUCAGCUUUGCGAAUGUAGACACACUCAAAUAUUGUGGGUGUUACAAUAUAACAACACAGUAAAAAGUAGCGUGUGCGUUCCUACAGACGGAGAUAGUGUUUCAGAGUAGCAGACGCGAGCCAAGAUUUUUAAGAAUGCGACUGAAAAAUAUUUGAUGUUGCAAUGGUGCACCUGACGCUUUUCGGGUGAGAGCAUACAUUUCUUUCGCCUGUUUUCAUUGUAGACUAUGCGUGCAACUUUACCAAACAAUAUAGAAGUAAACCUCCUCGGCUUGGCCUUCUCUCUUUCUCUCUCUCUCUCUCUCGUGCGCGCUCAAUGGACACCCACCCCUCGACAUGCACAUUUAAUCCAAAUAAAACAUUCACAAUCGUGGAAAAAAGCAAUGACGACUAGCUAAAUUAUUAUGAAAUCCGGUUAGCAUCAUAGCAUGCUGCACAUUUUAUUAAAACUCUUGCAUUCAAGUUGAGUGAUCAUCUCAUCACCAAUGUUUUCUAAUUCCAAGACUAAAAGGACCUGUCCCAAGGAGAAAAAGUAUCAGCCUACCUUGAAACUUAAACACAUGUGGGGGAAACUGAACAGUCCAACCAGUAGACUAUGAUAAGCUAGCUAACUAUGCUACUUUGUUUACAAUAUUUUGAGGCAUCAAUCAGACAGCUGAAUUAAAGAGGUAGGCCUAGAGUUGUAAUACAAAUAGUAGGCUAUAUAAUCUGCAUAAAGUGUGCAGUCAUGAAUAUCAGAAAUUUCAGUAUAUAGAAAGUAAAGGUGAAAAAAAAUGGGGGAGGGGGUGUUAUUUAGUUUGAAUGAUUAUAUAUAAUUUAUAAUGUGAAUGUAUCAAAUAUAUUUAUAAAAAAUCAUUCACAUUAUAUGAAAGGAGUGCAAUAAAAAUGUGAACUUUUGCUGUUAGAAAGCUAUGCAAUGAAAAAUGUGGGUGCACCUACAUUUUGUGCUGGUGCACCUGAAAAAAAAGUUAGACGCACAUGUGCAACCAAUGCAAAAAGUUAGUCGGGAGCCUUGUCCAUUUUUUAACUGUGUUUAAUUUGUAAUUUGCAACUUGAUUUGUUUACACACUGUUUGUACGUUAUUUACAGCAGUAUUGAUGUAGUAUUGAGAAGGCAGUUGCCUGACGUGCACUAUUUGCACUGUCACUCAAAUACAAAUGUGCUUUGGUAAACUGAACAGCCUAGAGCGUACUUUUUUAUAUAUAUAUAUUUGCCGUGGUAAUGGUCUUAAUUUCUAGUCUUAGAGGUCUUAAAAAGGUCUUAAAAGUCAUUAAAUUUGUUGAUAAAAAAUGUGCAGAUACCCUGCUACAUCUUUCUAUAUGUAUUAAUAUGCUGCUUUAUUUUAAGAUUUGCCUCUAUAUUUCUGCUGGUUCUACAGUAUAUGCUACCUGUAUACUGUAUUUCUACAUCUUUCUAUAUGUAUUAAUAUGCUGCUUUAUUUUUAAGAUCUACUUCUAUAUUUCUGCUGGUGCUGGUGGAGUUAGAACAGUGGAAAAAAAACGGUUAAAAUCCGUCCGGGCAUUGUCCUGCUUUGGGAGCAGCGUUUUUAGCUUUAGCUUAGCACAGUUGCUGUAAAUGAAGGGUGUCAGUAGCACG